AAUUGGAAUUAGAAUCCAAGUCCAACACACACACACACAGAGUCGUAGUCAUCACAUAACAAUUAAGAAUACAUAACAAGCGGCGGGAUACCAGCAUGCAAUUGCAAUUCUAAUUUCAUUUGUAAAUCGUUACUUUCCUGUACGUGCGGCGAUCCUAUAGGCCCGUUUUCUCUCUCUAAAUCUCUCCUCCGUUCCUCCGUCACGGUGAAACGUACAACACCUUGAACUCGCCGCCGCCGCCGUCUUCAUCACCGUCAUCGCCAUUUCAAAACUUUCCUUUUUAUUCACUCAUAUAUACGUCACGAUUUCUCAUCGCUUGAUUUUGCAGUUAUUGAUAUACGAUCAAUAAUGCCCCCAAAGUCAAAUCCUGUGAGCCUUUCCGUUCUUCUACGUAAAAUUGAUCUCUCACUCCUCAUUCUUCUUUAGUCUUCUCGACGUUUACGCGUCUGGAUAAUUUUUUUUUCCGUUUUUGAAAGUAUUGUAGUAUUUCGAUUCGACGAUCUCCUGAGAGCUGUAUCACCGUGGUGUUUGACGUUCAAUAGGACUUUUUUAUAUAAUAAUUAUUUGAUUAGCGGUUGGUUGGUUCAAAUGGAGAAGAAGAAGUAUCCAGUCGGAGCAGAGCACUAUGAGCUGUAUGAGGAAAUAGGGCAAGGUGUCAGUGCCUCGGUUUUUCGAGCCAUGUGCAUCCCGAACAAGGAGAUUGUUGCAGUUAAGGUGCUUGAUUUUGAACGUAGCAACAGCGAUUUGAACAAUAUAUCACGUGAAGCUCAGACAAUGAUCCUGGUUGAUCAUCCAAAUGUUCUUAAAUCACAUUGUUCCUUUGUAAAUGACCAUAACCUAUGGGUGGUCAUGCCUUUCAUGCCUGGUGGAUCCUGCCUCCAUAUACUGAAGUCUUGCCAUCCUGAGGGUUUUGAGGAAGUUGUUAUUGCAACUAUACUGCGUGAGACAUUAAAGGCAUUGGAGUAUCUUCACCAUCAUGGCCACAUUCAUCGAGAUGUUAAAGCUGGAAACAUUCUGAUUUGUGAUACUGGUGCAAUCAAGCUGGGAGAUCUUGGUGUUUCUGCUUGCUUAUUUGAUUCUGGUGAUAGACAACGAUUAAGGAACACAUUUGUUGGGACACCUUGCUGGAUGGCACCUGAGGUUAUGGAACAAUUGCAUGGCUAUGACUUCAAGGCUGAUAUCUGGUCGUUUGGUAUAACGGCUCUUGAGCUUGCUCAUGGGCAUGCUCCUUUCUCAAAAUAUCCCCCAAUGAAGGUUUUGCUCAUGACCUUGCAAAAUGCACCUCCUGGUCUUGAUUAUGAGAGGGACAAAAAGUUUUCUAAGUCUUUUAAGCAGAUGAUUGCGAGUUGUCUUGUUAAAGAUCCUUCAAAACGUCCUUCUGCAAAGAAGCUUCUGAAGCAUUCUUUUUUCAGACAAGCCAGAACUAAUGAUUUUAUAGCACGUAAGCUGCUGGAAGGGCUGCCAACACUUGGUGAUCGCCUUCAAGCAUUGAAGAGAAAAGAAGAAGAUAUGCUUGUUCAAAAGAAAAUACCCGAUGGACAAAAGGAGGAAAUGUCACAGAACGAAUAUAAAAGAGGGAUUAGUGGUUGGAACUUCGAUCUUGAAGAUAUGAAAGUUCAAGCUUCCUUGAUCCAGGAUGAGGAUCCUAUACCUGACAAAGACCAAUUAGAGAAAUCGAUUUCUUUCAAUGGGACUGGUGCAGGUGAAAGGGAACUUCAGCAUCAAUUGUCAUACAUGAGCAGGGCUUUCACAUCUACUGAUGUAGCAGGAUCUGUUCCAUUUGUCAACUCUAUUGCAUCAUCUUCUAUGGGCAAAUGCGAGUCUGGAGAUAUUGCUAGUUCUUCCAAUGGACAUGUGACAUUGCGGACUUGUUCUCUUAAUAUCAACUCAGAUUUUAGUGGAAAAGCCUUAAAUGGCGUUGCAUCUCUUUCUCAAAAGCGAGUAGCUUCAUCUGGAUGCAUUGCUGCAAUGGAUGGGGGCAAGUUACAAGGUCAGACUGCUAACUGCAAUGGAUCCCAUUCACUCCAAAUAGCAGAUGGGUUGACAUCUGAGUCAAUCUCCAAAGUUUCUUCAAAAACAACAUUAACUAAUGAUGAACAAGAUGAGAAAGCAAAGUGCCCAGUUGUUCAACAGAAAGGGCGUUUUAAAGUUACCUCUGAGAAUGCUGACAAUGAUAAGGUGGUUUCUUCUCCUGGAAUGCUAAAGAGUCCGAGCAUGAGGAUAAUAAUCGAACAUCCCAAUGGUCCUACAUCGAUGCAGGGUGAUGCUACAGAUCAAAGGAAUGGCAUUUUGAGUUCCACGAAGCCACUCUCAGUCUCUGCUGAUGACAUCACUAGACUAGAGAAAUCCAAGCUUGAUGCAGUGGAUGACAGGGAAAAGGAAUUACUUAACGAAAUAAGUGAAUUACAACGGAGGCUCUUAUGUGCACAGGAGGAGCUCCAGAAAUACAAAGCUGGAAAUUCCCAUGCAUGAGUUUUUUCAAAUCUUCAAUCGCCACCUAAUCACACGGAGCUUUUUUCAUCCGAGAUUGCGUACCAAAUAAAAAGGUUCAUAUUGGUCAACAUGCACAUAUACGUAAUUUUAGUUAUUAUUCGCUGUGGAAUACUUUAUGUUUUUCCCCCUUCUGAUUUGAAGCUUAACUUCUUUUAAGAGCCAACUGUUUCAUUUUUUUUUAUUGAUUUGGUAACACACUAUUUUCUAGUUAGUUAGGUUGUUAAACAUGGGAGCUCGGUUAUUUGGAUUUAUUAACAUAAAAGUUAAAAGUAUAUUGAUGUAGUUAACGACCUAAUUGGCAUAGAAUUAUGAAUUAUCAGUUUAUGUGUAUAUUGUAUAUUAAGAGGGUG